CACAAACCACCCGCAAAGCACCACAAAGUACAUUAUAAAGCUUGUCUUUCCCUGCCAGCCUUCCCCCCACCGACUGAUUAGGAUACCAUAUUUUUUUCACAACCUUAAACCACCCCCUGUGCACUUGAGAUUCUGAGCCUUGAGCCCACCCCCUCUGCCCUGCGAACGAACCAAGUCACCCCGCACAAAUCUUAUAACCGCGACUAGGUCGUCAUGGACUCCUUUUACCAACCAAACCCACAGUACAGCUAUGUCGAGGCUCCAGCUCCACCACCAGCGAGGCCGGAUUUCCCCUACUCCCCGGAAGUCCAAUAUGCGGACCCCGCCUCCCCAAUGAUCUUCCCAGUCUCCCCAAACAUCUCACCGGUGCCCUCGCGCGAUAGCUCCCGUAACCGAAGAAGCACAUUAAGUGGUGGGGACCCAUUCAUUACCAUCCCAGAACGCGGACGAGACAGGCCAUACUACAGCAAUGGCCAUCUGGCCAUCGGCCAACAAGGGGUAUCCAGGUCCAACUCGGAGCGAUCCCGCACCCGCCCUGUCUACGUCGAGGUGGCCCGCUCUGGCGCUAGGGGCCGAAGAUCCCCUAGCCAGGGGACUGACUACUACUACUCUAACAGCAAGGUUUACAAGGAGGGGUCAACCUACAGCAACUCCUCCUACGGUUCUCAGACUCACUCUCGAUCACACUCGAAAGUGGGCGGACGGCACUCCCGCUCUUCAUCUUGCGAUUCCUGCGACUCUGCCGACCCCACCGGUUAUGAAGUUGGGUUUCAUCAUGGUCCCGAUGGGCACCAUCACAACAAAGAGCUUGCUUCACUUACCAAACACUUGCAGAACGUUGAAUUACAGCUAAAGCAAGUCAAGGCUGAAUCGGAAAGCAAGAAGCAGGCAGAGGAGAACGCUAGAAUAGAGAAACUCCGAACCGAAGAGAUCGAGCGAAAGGUAGCUGAGAAGCUGAUGCUGCAGAGGAAGCAGGAGAUGGAGGCCGCGGAGAGGAGGAAGAGACAAGAGGAGGAAGAACGCAGGAGGAUUGAGGACGCAGCGAAGCGGCUCCUCGAGGAGAAGGAGAGGGCGGCUCGCGAGAGGGAGCAAGAGGAGAAAAGGAAGAAGGAGGAGAUCGACGCUAGGGUGCGGGCCGGGUUGAUGGCCAUGCAACCACAACCGCCCCCGCAGCAGCCACAACAACCUGCCCGAAGAACAUACACCAAGUUCUCCAAAAUCCACCUUUGUAAGGAGGCACUUGACGAGCGUCAGAUCUCGUAUACCGAGGAGCACGAUUCCUUCCUCGUCCACCGUGCUGUCGACAAGCAGGAGCAAAACUACCUCUGGAACCGAACCAAGGAAAUUCGAGGCUACUAUAGGCAAAUCCAAGAAGCUGCCGACAAGGCUCCGACCGUCCCCGGCCCAGACGGCGGAUUCGUCAAGUAUGUCCAGAUUGCGGGGCAGCCGUACCCGAUGGCACUCCCGGUCACCAUCAUGCAGACCCCCGGCGGCGGCCAGACCGCAAGGGUUGACCCUAUUAAGAUCAAGUGGAGUGAUAUCUUCCGCGCUGGCAAGGUCUAGAUUAGGAGACAAUAAGAUGUACUACAGCCCCGACGAUCCAAGCUACAAAGUUCUUUGGAUAAAAUGCCGGUGUGUGAAUGGAGUCUGAAACGGGAGAAGCUUAUCGUGAUUUAGGGGCAGGGGGGUUAUUUGUCUUUUUUUCUUUUUUCUUUUUUUCUUUUCUUGACUUGUUUGUUUGCUACACUGGGUGGUUGCCUUUGGCUUUUUUCUCUUCUUUUCUUUUUCUCAUACCGUUUACCUUGUUCAUUCAUAUUAUUCACGAUUAUCAUGUAACAAUGCAAAGGGCGGGGGGGUAUGGGGAAAGGGUGGUUUUCAAAUUUUCCUUUGGGGGAGGGGAAAUGUGGUGCGGGGUUCGGUGUGUCGGUUGGUAGCGGGGAAAUUCCUAUUGGGGUCUAAUUUAGGAGUUUUUUCUUUUUCCUUGUUUCCUUCUUCUCUUAUCAUCUGAACAUUACACUUGAGUAUCGUACCCUUUUUUUUGUUUUUUCAUCCAUCCUCAUUCAAUUUUUCCUUCCUCUUUUCACCAUGUUUGUAAAUUUGACGAUAUCGAGGGUUUUUUAUUUUUAUUUUUAUUUUUUUACCCCUCAGGUUUUGUUUUGGUCUGGUCUGUUUGGAAAGAAGGAAGAGAGUUACAUAUAUUAUACCUAUCUUGAUAGUUUAAAUUAAACCAUUCCUCUA